UCUGCCCCCCCCCCAUCGGCCUCGACGCUGCUGCUGCUGCUGCUGCCCGCAUCCCCUCUGGGAUCCUUCGUUUCCCUGCUGUGGCUCCCUCUGCUGCCCUGCAUCUGUGGCUACAUCCACGCCUCCAUUAACUUCUGUCUCCAUCGCCAUCCGAGUCUGUCAAGGUCUCCUCCUGACUCCCCACCGACUCCCCACCGGCUCCCACUGACUCGCCCACCACCGCUUCGGCUUUUUUCCUUUCCCGGCUUCAAUCGGCGUCGCUCCGGGACGCCGCCAUUAUGAACGGUACAACCCUGCCUUUUGCUGAUCAGCACCGUUACGUCCCAGCCAACACUCAGCAAACCGAUCCCUAUUCAGCCCCAACAUCGCCCAGUCCCGGGGACAUCCAGCUUUCCAGGAUCCCAAGCAAGUUUGCGCGACAAUCUGUCGCCCAAUCGUCCUCCCCCUCGCCUCUGCAGCAGUAUCGAUCGGCUCCGAAUACGCCGCCGCCCACGUCCACUAGUCCAUCGGCCCCCCAUCCCCACUUGUCCUUUGCGCCGGCGUCCGGUCCCUCGACCAUGCCCUGGGUAUCGUCCUCACAGCCUGGUCCCGCUCAGCCGCCAUCGCGAGACGAGUCCGGGAAACUGCCAUUCUAUGGCGACUUUGGAUCGCUUCCAGGAAAUCAGCGUCCUCGUCUGUCGGCAUCCCAUCCUCGAGCGGCCCCGCAGUCGCCCUCAGCCCUCUAUGCAAACAAGUCUGUCGUUGAGACUCUGGCCGAGCAGAACGUCGAUCCCGGCUCGGGUCUCUCGCUCGCCGAAGCCAAUUCGAGACUCUUGAUCCAUGGUCCGAACGAGCUCGUUGUCAAGGAGGAGGAAUCGCUGACCACCAAGUUCCUCGAGCAGUUCAAGAACCCGCUGAUUCUGCUCCUGUUUGGCUCCGCAAUGAUCUCAAUUGUGCUCAACCACAUCGAGGAUGCCGUCAGCAUCACUCUCGCCAUCGUUAUUGUGGUCACAGUCGCAUUCAUUCAAGAGUACCGCUCCGAACAGUCCCUGGAGGCGCUGAACAAGCUGGUGCCGCAUUAUGCCCAUGUUGUUCGGAAUGGGCAUGAGUACACAAUCGACGCCAAUGACUUGGUCCCUGGCGAUAUCAUCCGGUUUCGCACUGGCGAUCGCAUCCCCGCUGACAUUCGCUUGAUCUCGGCGUGCGAUGUUGCCAUCGAUCAAUCGACCCUUACUGGCGAGACUGAGCCCUGCAAAAAGCACACGGAUGUCAUCGACAACGGCGGCAGCGUCAUCCCCCUGCAGGACCGAAACAACAUUGCGUUCAUGGGAACGCUCACCCGACAGGGAUACGGAUCCGGCGUCGUCAUCGGCACCGGCGAGCACAGCGAGUUUGGUGUGGUCUUCCAUAUGAUGAAGGAUGUCGAAGUCCGCAAAACGCCGCUGCAGCACAAAAUGGACCACCUCGGCAAGCAGCUCUCGAUCAUGUCCUUUGGACUCAUCUUCUUGAUCGCCGUCAUUGGCGUCAUCCAAGGCCGGACGUGGCUGGAAAUGUUUACGAUUGGAGUGAGUCUCGCUGUCGCUGCGAUCCCAGAGGGCCUGCCGAUUGUCGUCACGGUCACGCUGGCCCUCGGUGUGCUGCGAAUGGCCAAGCGCAGCUCGAUUAUCAAGAAGCUGCCUUCGGUAGAAGCCCUUGGUUCGGUCAAUGCCAUUUGCGUCGACAAGACCGGAACCCUGACGCUGAACAAGAUGACAGUGACCCGGUUCUUCACCGCCGCACAGGCCCGUGUCUAUGAGGUUGACGAGUCUGCGCCCAACUACAGCCCGGCCGUGCACGCCCUCGUGCGCAUCGGCAAUCUCUGCAACAACGCCAAGCUCAACGAAGACCAGCACUGGAUCGGACAGCCCACCGAGACUUCCAUUCUUGAAUACUGCAGCAAGAUCUCCCUGGGUGAUCUGAGGCUAGAAAAUCCCCGUAUCAACGAGAUCCCCUUCAACACCGACAAAAAAUACAUGGCCGUCGAGUGCGAGUAUGGCAUCCACGGAGAGCACGAAAACACCUUCUACGUCAAAGGCGCGGCCGAAACCGUCCUGGCCCAGUGCUUCCGGUACUACCACGGCCACGGCGACAUCCGCCCCAUCGAUACUGAAACUCGAAGCAUGAUCGAGUCGAAGGCAUCGCAGAGCGCCUCGCAGGGACUGCGGGUGCUGUGCAUGGCAUACGGACGCGCGAUGAGCGACCUGGUUUUUGUCGGCUUCGUGGCAAUGGAGGAUCCCCCGCGCCCCGGUGUCCCAGAGACCAUCCACAGGCUCCUGACGAGCGGAAUCAAAAUCGUGAUGAUUACCGGAGAUUCAGCCGACACGGCCUGUGCCAUUGCCACGAACCUCGGCAUCCCCUUCCGGGCACGCCAAGGCACUCUGUCGGGCACAGAGGUCGAGUCACUGAGCGAGCGCCAGCUACAAGAAGUUGUGGAGGGCGCCUCGAUCAUAUACCGAGCGACCCCCAAGCACAAGAUGCACAUAGUGCGUGCGCUGCAGUCGCAGGGAUACGUCGUAGCCAUGACCGGCGAUGGAGUCAACGACGCCCCUGCCUUGCGCCUGGCCGACAUUGGCGUAUCUAUGGGCAAGAGCGGCACGGAUGUAUCCAAGGAGGCUGCCGACAUGAUCCUGGUUGACGACGACUUUUCGACUGUUCUCUAUGCCAUCGAGGAAGGCAAGUCGAUCUUCUACAACAUCCAGAACUUUUUGAAGUUCCAGCUCAGCACGAGCAUGGCGGCGCUGAGUCUCGUGGCCUUCUCGACGAUUCUCGGGUUCGCCAACCCGCUCAAUGCCAUGCAAAUCCUGUGGAUUAAUAUCAUCUGCGACGGACCUGUGGCGCAGUCUCUCGGUGUUGAAGCCGUCGACCCAAACAUCAUGCGCAAGCCCCCGCGCCCCAAGGACGAGCCGAUCAUCACCCGGGAGCUGGUCACGCGGAUUGUCGUCUCGGCGGUGAUUAUGGUGGCGGGAACGCUCUACGUCUUCCGAAGUGAGAUGAUGGAGGGCGACGCUGGCCCUCGCGUGACGACCAUGACGUUUACGUGCUUCGUCUUCUUUGACAUGUUCAACGCUCUCGCCUGCCGGUCGGACAAGCGCUCGGUAUUUGAGAUCGGAAUCGGAAGCAACCAGAUGUUCAACUUGGCGGUGGUGGCUUGUCUUCUCGGACAGCUUCUGGUCAUCUACGUACCGUUUCUGCAAGUUGUUUUCCAAACCGAGGCGCUUUCGCUUGGGGACCUGGUGUUUCUGACCCUGCUGGGCAGCAUCGUCCUGUGGGUCGACGAGUUCCGCAAGCUUGUCGGCUACGGCGGCCGCGGCUUCUCGGGGGUACUUGGUGUCGUGGAACGAAGCACCCGCGGCAUGAUGCAAGUCAAGCAGAAAGCCGACUCGAUGGAGACCGAGCGGCUGGAGCAGGUGGUGUGAGAUGGGUGCUGCUGGUGCCAGUGCGGGAUGGGAUGGAUGGAUGGGAUGGAAGGGUGCGGAUGCGAUAUAGAUGCUGGAGCCGUAAAGAAUAUACGCUCUACGGAUU